CACACACACACACACACACACACACACACACAGAGAUUCGUGAUUUGAAACCCUAGUAGUGGAUGAACUUGAAUUCUAGUGAUCGAUGGGGAGUCGGAAUCCGUUUGCGAGGAUAAUGAAGACGCUGGAGAAAACCGGCGGUGGUGAAUUCGGCAAAUACUACAGCUUACCUUCUCUCAAUGAUACCAGAAUUGAUAGGCUUCCGUUUUCAAUCAGAAUACUUUUGGAGUCGGCACUCCGCAACUGCGAUGAGUUCCAGGUGACAACGAAGGAUGUCGAGAACAUUCUCGACUGGCAAAACACUUCUCCCAGAAAGGUUGAAAUUCCAUUUAAACCUGCCAGAGUUCUUCUUCAGGAUUUUACCGGUGUUCCGACGAUUGUCGAUCUUGCGGGCAUGCGUAAUGCUAUGGACAAGCUCGGUGGCGAUCCUAGUAAAAUUAAUCCAUUGGUUCCAGUCGAUCUUGUCAUUGAUCACUCGGUCCAAGUUGAUGUAUACAAAUCGGAAAACGCUCUACAAGCCAAUAUGGAACUCGAGUUAGAACGGAAUAAAGAACGCUACUCUUUCUUGAAAUGGGGAGCAAAUGCUUUCGACAACAUGCUUGUAGUUCCUCCAGGAGCUGGAAUUGUUCACCAGGUGAACCUUGAAUACCUUGCGAGAGUUGUCUUUAAUACAAACGGCAUUCUCUACCCCGAUACCGUCUUUGGAACGGAUUCUCAUACAACGAUGAUAGACGGAUUAGGUGUUGCCGGGUGGGGAGUUGGUGGGAUAGAAGCUGAAGCUGCGAUGCUUGGUCAGGCUAUGAGCAUGGUCCUUCCAGGUGUAGUCGGUUUUGAGCUGUCUGGAGGCUUGAAAGAUGGAGUUACGGCUACGGAUUUGGUCUUGACAGUGGCUAAAAUGCUUAGACAACAUGGCGUUGUUGGCAAUUUUGUUGAGUUCCAUGGUGAAGGCAUGAGUGAAAUAGCGUUACCAGAUCGUGCAACGAUCGCAAACAUGUCUCCUGAAUAUGGUGCAACAAUGGGUUUCUUUCCUGUGGAUCAUGUUACCCUACAAUAUCUAAAGCUGACCGGCAGAAGUGAUGAAAUGAUAUCCAUGAUAGAGUCAUAUCUGCGGGCAAACAAGUUAUUUAUGGAUUACAGUCAGCCAGAGAGAGAGAUGGUGUUUAGCUCUCACUUGAAGUUGGAUCUUCAAGAUGUCAAACCUUGUGUCUCCGGGCCAAAGCGGCCUCAUGAUCAAGUUCUUUUGAAUGAAAUGAAAGCUGAUUGGCAUGCAUGCUUGGACAAUAAAGUUGGAUUUAAGGGAUAUGCUAUACCAAAAGAGGACCAAAGCAAGAUUGUGAAGUUUCAAUUCGGGGAGAUCCCAGCACAACUCAGACAUGGAGAUAUCGUUAUAGCAGCCAUUACGAGCUGCACAAACACGUCGAAUCCUACUGUUAUGCUUCAAGCUGGUUUGUUAGCAAAGAAAGCUUGCGAUCUGGGGGUCGAGGUGAAACCAUGGAUUAAGACAAGUCUAGGCCCGGGUUCCAAAGUUGUGACCAAGUAUCUGGAGAAAAGUGGAUUGCUAAGAUAUUUGAAGCAGUUGUGCUUUCACAUUGUUGGUUAUGGAUGCACCACUUGUAUCGGUAAUUCUGGUGACCUUGACGAAUCAGUGGCAUCUGCUAUUACUGAAAAUGACAUCGUGGCUGCAGCUGUGCUGUCUGGAAAUCGCAAUUUUGAGGGCCGCAUACAUCCGCUUACAAGAGCAAAUUAUCUUGCUUCUCCUCCCCUUGUGGUUGCUUAUGCUCUUGCUGGCACGGUUGAUAUCGACUUUGAGACAGAACCGAUUGCAUUAAGUAGAGAUGGGAUGGAAAUCUUUUUAAGGGACAUUUGGCCAUCUAGUGAAGAAGUAGCAGAUAUUGUGCAAUCUAAUGUGUUGCCUGACAUGUUCAAAUCUGUAUAUGAGACCAUAACAGAAGGUCAACCCACAUGGAAUAAUUUACAUGUACCUUCUAGCAGACUCUACAAGUGGGAUGCGAGAUCAACUUAUAUACAUGAGCCUCCUAACUUGAAAGAUAUAAGCAUGUCUCCUCCAGGUCCAUGCAAGGUACAAGAUGCAUAUUGCUUGCUCACCUUAGGGGACAGUAUUACGACAGACCAUAUUUCACCAGGCGGAAGCAUCCACAAAGACAGUCCUGCUGCCAAAUACCUAAUGGAACUUGGGGUUGAUAAGAGAGACUUCAAUUCAUAUGGAAGUCGACGUGGCAAUGAUGAGGUGAUGGUUAGAGGCACUUUUGCUAAUAUAAGACUGGUGAACAAAUUAUUGGAGGGAGAAGUUGGACCUAAAACUAUUCAUAUUCCCAGUGGAGAAAAGCUCUCUGUGUUUGAUGCUGCCAUGAGGUACAAAGGGGAGGGGCAAGAUACGAUAGUGUUGGCUGGCGCCGAGUAUGGAACUGGAAGUGCUCGAGAUUGGGCUGCAAAAGGUCCAAAGUUGAUGGGUGUUAAAGCAGUAAUAGCAAAGAGCUUUGAAAGGAUUCAUCGCAGUAAUCUAGCAGGCAUGGGUAUAAUUCCACUUUGUUUUUCGCCUGGGGAGGAUGCAGAGACUCUAGAGUUGACUGGCCGUGAACGCUACACCAUUGACCUUCCAAAAGAUAUCAACAAGAUAACUCCCGGACAAGAAAUCAUAGUCAAAACAGACAACAGGAAGUCAUUCAAAUGUACACUAAGGUUCGACACAGAGGUGGAACUGGCCUACUUUGAUCAUGGGGACAUUUUGCAAUAUGUUAUUAGGAGCUUCAUUGGUUCAAAAACAGGGGAACGUGCAUGCAAGUCCAACUGAGAUCACAGGCUAACAGGUGUGGCAAUGAAACUGGCGUCAAAAAUUCAGUUCCUUAUGGGUGUAUCCGAGUGUUAUUGUAUAGGUAGGUUGGUAGGCAGGCAUGUAAUAACAGAUGAGAAAUGUUUAUGUAUCUCGAGUGUUAUUGUAUAGGUAGGUUGGUAGGCAGGCAUGUAAUAACAGAUGAGAAAUGUUUAUGUAUCUCGAGUGUUAUUGUAUAGGUAGGUUGGUAGGCAGGCAUGUAAUAACAGAAGAUAAAUGUUUAUGUAUACGUGAUAUCUUAUUUGAGUAA